UGUUUCCCCCUCUCUCUAAAAAAAGGUGUUGAUCGAUAAUCACUCUGCAAUUUGGAAUCCCCACUCUCGCCGCUGACAUACAAUUUCGUUGCCGAUCGAUUAACUCAUACUACAAUUGAAUGGAGGUAGCAAUUAUCGAUUGGAAAACCAUCGAUUCGAGAGCAGUGAUCGACGAUUUGUAUGAACACAUCAAUGCUCCAAAAUGGGUAGAUUUAACCGCCCAGGAUGAUCCCGUUGAUGAUGAAGCCUGGUUCUGCCGCCCAGACUGCGAUCACCCUAAGAAAGUUGAAGACUUCUUCAAUCAGAACGACAGGACUCCUCUCUCCAAUUCCAAAGCCAAGGUUUUGUUUAUAUUUAUCAAGGAAUUCAAUCUCGAUUUUGUUUUUUUUUUUAAUUUGGUUUUGAAUUCUAUUGCAAGAAGUGCAUAUUUCCCCCAAAAAUUAGGGUUGAUAUUGCCAUUACUUCAUAAUAUAGUGUUUCAAUUUGUCGCAACACAGUUUCAAAGAUCAGCUAGUGUUUCCGAUAUUCCUGCUUAUCAACGAGGCAACAGAGAUGCAACGCUGAAGAGGAGAGGGACGAAUCAACCUUUCGGAUUAGCAGCCGAAAAUGCUGAGAAUCAAGAUCCUAAUUUCUCGACCCCCGUGCAAUACAAGGCUUGGUUUGGAAAGGCCGCAACCAAGUCAAGCGCUAACAGGAAAGAAGAUAGCUAUGCUAACGAGGGGGCACCGAAGCUGAGAAGCACUUUGUCUGCAAGGAAUCUGUUCUCAGGCACGGAUUUGCUGAGUAAAGUUUCCGAGUUCUGCAAUGAGCUGAAGAAGUUGACUACGAGGGCUCAAGACAAGGAGAGUGAUGAGAAUCACGCAGAAGAAAGGAUUAUGAGCGAAAGAGAGAAGGAGAGGAAGCCGUUGCUGGAGACGGGAAGUUCCAAGGGGAGGCUGAGAAGGAAGAAGAGAAAUGAAGAUGGAGAGAACACCCCGAUGACUGUGGACGUGAACAGAAUCAAACAACUUGACGCCGAGGGCAAGCUGCCAAUCCGCACUUGUCCCCCCACUCCACAGUGCUUUUCCGCAACGCCCAAGCCUCUCCGGCCCAGGCUUAUGGAGAGAGGAGUUUUGAAGGAGGUGAAGCAGAUGGAGAAGGAAGUAAUGAAGAGCAGCAACCAUGGAGGAGGAGGAGGAGGAGAGGUUUCUGAGAAAGAAGUAAGAUCUUUGGAUGUUUUCUGGUUCCUAAAACCUUGCACUCUAUCAAGCUGAUACACACAACAAAUAUUCAAAAAUAAUCACAAUUUUUUCAUUCUUUCCAUUUUUUAAACAUUUACUAUAUUGUAAUCCUUCUUGACCAAAAUUAGCAUUUCUUUAUAUAAAAGUUGAAUUUGCUUUUAUGGA